UGGGUGGUUUCAGUGCAGACAAUGGUAGCAGAGGCACUAUAUAUAUCGAUGGAAGUCGCCGGAGAGCAAAUCAGAGUCCAAUCCCUCUCCCAAAACGAUAAACCCCAUGUCCCCCCACAGUACAUCCAACCUCCACAGUACCGACACAACGCCGACACAGUCGGCGGUGGAGGUGGCGGCGAUAAAAGUAUUCCGGCGAUUGACCUCGGCGCCACCAGGGCUGACCUUCAUGCGGAGUUGGAUCGAGCCUGCAAAGAUUGGGGUGCGUUUCACGUGACGAACCAUGGUGUUCCGAUCCAAUUGCUGAACGAGAUGAGGAGAGUCGGUGUGUUGUUCUUCGAGGAGUGUCCAAUGGCUGAGAAGCUCAGGUACUCUUGCGAUUCCAAUUCGUUUGCUUCUGAAGGCUAUGGAAGCCGUAUGUUGGUUUCAUCCAAUGAUGCAGUGUUGGAUUGGAGAGAUUACUUCGAUCAUCAUACUUUGCCUCUUUCUCGCCGGAAUCCCGAUCGCUGGCCUCACUUUCCUCCUAAUUAUAGGGAAGUUGUAGCAGAGUAUGGUGAUCGUAUGAAGGUCCUCGCUCAGGGGCUCUUGAGCUUGAUAUCUGAGAGUCUAGGCCUGCCAUCUUCACGGAUUAAAGAGGCCGUUGGAGAAUUCUACCAGAAUAUCACAGUUAGCUAUUACCCACCUUGCCCACAGCCAGAGCUCACUCUUGGUCUGCAAGCUCAUUCAGACAUGGGUGCCAUUACCCUUCUCAUCCAAGAUGAUGUUGGGGGUCUCCAAGUUCUCAAGGAUGGUGAAUGGGUAAAUGUACAUCCUUUAUCUGAUGCCAUUGUUGUCAUUUUGGCUGACCAAACUGAGAUUAUAACUAACGGCAAGUACAGAAGUGCUGAACAUCGGGCCAUAACUAAUGUCAACAAGGCACGAUUCUCAGUUGCCACAUUUCAUGACCCUGUGAAGACAACGAUAAUUUCCCCUGCUGCUGAGCUCAUCAGCAACUCUUCUCCUCCCAAAUACUGCCAAGUUACAUACGGUGAUUAUGUCUUAUCGUGGUACACAAAGGGCCCCGAAGGGAAGCGGAACAUUGAUCGCCUCCUACUAUAGUUACUAGAUUGUAAACAUCAUUUUUCCCUUUUGGCUAGACUUUGAAAUGACAUUCUUGUAUCGAAUAAAGUGAAUUUUCAUGAAGUUCUAUGAGGUACCGGUAAAGAUAAAAAGGGUUCUUCAGGUAAUUUGGUACUUCUGUUUUGUGCAAAGGGUUUAAUAGAAGAUCUCAUUACUCUUUGUUCGAAAA